AUGACAAAUAGGACGAAUUCCGACACCAAAAAGAACCACACUACGUUUUACGUAAAUGACGAUGAAGUAUCCUUUGAAAAUGAAGGAGGACUGGAAAGCAUUGAACGCAAAGAAAGUGACCUAAAGAUACCUAAAAGACAAGAUAAGACUUUUAAUAAGCCACAUGGUAGCAAUAAUAAGCAAAAUCUAGUUAUAGAUGCCGAUCAAGGCUGUAUCGAGCUACGGAGUCCUAGCACAUCCACAGCGGGGACAACGGUUUUAUUACCAAACAAAGAACAAUUUAAUAGCAUUAAUGAUAUAUUAAGAUUCCCCAUUGAGUCGACCCAUGCAUAUUCAUACGCUCAUUUAUCCCCCAAUUCGUUAGCAUUGAGAUUGAAUGUAUUGAAAAGAUCGUUGGAGAUCUUGAAAGAUAGACCAGGCUUACUUAAGUUCAUGAAUCUAGGAACAGAUAAGCAAUUUGGAAAGGCACCAUCUAGACUAGAAAAGCCAAAGAUUCCAAAUUUUGGAAAUAGAAUAUACAGUAAUCCACAUGCUAGUAAUAGUUCGGAAUUUUUUAACAACAGCGACAAAUAUAAAAUUCAAUCAAAUGCAUCAUCUGCAGCAUUAUCGGAAUUAUUUAGGCCAUCUAUGAAAAGGUCAGAUAGUUUGCCGGUAAAUCAAAUUUAUGCUACAAAAGUUGAUGCAGCUCAAGGUGCAGCCAUCCAUAUAAAAUCGAGCGCUAGAAAAGAUCCUAUAAUUAAUGACGAUUUUAAAGAUAUUAUAACCCUAUUAGAGAAUGAUAAUGAAGCUUUGACAGAGCAAAGUUUUGAUACUUCUGCUUUGCGCGAUUUGUCACAAGCUACCGCUAAAGAUGAUCAGAAGUUGAAAAAAAGUCUUUUGAAAAAUAAAUUGAUAUAUGCAUUGGCAACUCCAUUUGUUGAAAAUUCGUCUUCGUUGUUAGGAGACCAGUAUAGUUUAGUGGCCCCACAAUUUAGUGCAUCAUCUACCUCUUUAAGCUCAUUAAGUAAAGUCCCAUCCACUCCAACUACAGGGAGUGCGGCAAAUAGUAAUGCAAGACCAUUUCAUUCUAUUUCCCUGGGAAAACACGCUUUACCCCAAUCUAUUUUCACAGUCGAAACAGAUAGUCCAUGGUCUGUCAAAGCGGCGAAUGAUUUAGCGCUAUUAAUGUUUGGGAUUCUGAAAAAUAUGAUAAAGUCAUUGAAUUUGAUGGACUUAAUAGCUCCUCAAUUUAGAGAAUUUGUGGCAGAUAAAUUGACAAGAUCAAUGGCAGACAAUAUUUUGACCGACUCGAAGCAUGAACAAGGAAACAACGGUCGUGAUAUGCGUGACAUUAUGUUUGCUGGUGAAAUUGUCGCUAUCAUGAGACCUGGAGACAAGGAUUUUGCUUGGACUUCAGUUUGGGCCAAAAAGAGAGGAAAUCUUAUAUUUUGUACGUUUGAGCAAAUUCCUUGUGACGCAUUCGAUGUUGUAAUUCUGUCUGAUAAGGGUCAAGAUGAGGCUUACAACGUUGAUUCUAUUAAUGAAGUUGCUGGUAAAUUGAUGCGAAAUGUAGAUACUGGUAAAAUGAAGGUUUUAUCUGAUAUCAGUGAGUCUAUGGGCUCGGAUUUAAGCGAUAGAGACGAAAAUGAAGAGGAUGACUUAAUAGACGAAUAUUUAUCUCAUGACAUAAUCGAUAGUGAGAAAAUCAAUAAAACGAGGUAUUAUACAUUGCAAUUGAAGACAGACGAAAACAUUCCUUGCGCCGUAACCUCAUAUCCCUUAGAACUAAACGAUGAUAAGGAUGAAGUUAAGUUGAAGAUACACUCCUUACCAUAUAUCGGUGGUAUGUUUGUCAUAGACUCAUUAUCAUACAAUAUUAUUUCAUGCAACAACGCUAUUGCAAAAAAUUUAUUCGGUAAAUCCUCAAUUUAUUUGAAAAAUAAAUCAAUUAAUAAUUUAAUUCCCGAUUUUACAGAAAUCUUGAAUAUCGGUUUGAAGAAUCAUGGAGAUUCAUUAGACAUAGUUCCUGGCCUUGUGUUACCAGAGCAUUUCUUUAGAAAAUUUGAUGCUAUACGUAGGCAUUCAAGCUACAAAGAAGAAAGUGAAGAAUCGUUGUUCUUUAGUUCUCAAGGUAUAAGAGGUUUACAUAGAGAUGGUAAGUCUAUUUGGGUUGAUGUACAAUUAAGAGCAUCCUCAAGUGAAGCAUUUGUCGUAUGGAUCACUUAUUCAAGGCUGACGGGGACAAAAGAUUCUAAUAUCUCGAAGGAAGUUGAGAAACUAAAUUCAAGUACUUCUUCACUAUCGAUUAAACUGAUGAAUGAUAAAGAAAGAUUUAAAACGAGACUGCUGAGUGGUUAUAGAAGGAAUGAAGUAAAUCUUCCAUCACAGUUGAAAUUAUUUCCUCAUGAUGAUCUGGAAAUCUUAGAAUUUACUCCAGGUAGUGGCGAUAUAAGUAGAGAAACUAGUACAAGGCGACCAAAAGCAAACACAUUCGCAAUUCCUAUAAGUGAUAUGAAUAAGGAUUUAGAAAAAGCGAUGAACUUAGAUAAUGGUAAUAGAGGACCUCUGAAAAGAAAGAGAAUGACCUCAAAUACUGAUUCGUCAGGUUCUUAUGUGUCUAGAAAAUCAACAUCAGAAUCAGCCACAAUGAGCCCAGAUACUAUUGCAACAACAGUAUACAACGAUAAUGAAGGAACAAAUUCAAAUGCCAUUAUUUCAAAUGAAACAUAUCGCAAAUACUCAGAAGAAGAGAUAUUGAAGAUUGAAGAUGAAAUGCUUGAAAAUAAAACCAAAAAUUCAACACAUUGGCCGACAGUCAUAGGAGCAAGGAGAAGAACUAAGAAAUUUUCUGAAUUCAAGGUACUUAAAGAAUUGGGUGAAGGCGCUUACGGUAAAGUAGUACUAGCUCAGCACAAAGAAGACCCAGUUUAUACAAUAAUUAUUAAAUGUAUAGACAAGGAAAGAAUUUUGGUUGAUACAUGGGUCAGAGACAGGAAAUUAGGUACAAUUUGUUCCGAAAUUCAAAUUAUGGCAUUUUUGAAUAACGAACCUCAUGUAAACAUCAUGAGAAUUAUUGAUUUCUUUGAAGAUUCUAAAUACUAUUAUCUUGAAACUCCACUAUUUGGCGAUCCUCCCGCUAUUGAUUUAUUUGACUUCAUUGAAAUUAGAAAGGAUUUGAGUGAGCGUGAAUGUCGAUUCAUUUUUAAACAAAUAGUACUGGCAAUUUAUCAUUUGCAUAAACAUGGCAUAGUACAUCGGGAUAUUAAAGACGAGAAUGUAAUUGUUGAUGAAAAUGGUGUCGUUAAGUUGAUCGAUUUUGGUAGUGCUGGUUAUACGAAGCUGGGGCCAUUUGAUGUUUUUGUUGGUACUAUUGAUUAUGCGUCACCUGAAGUAUUACGUGGUGAAAAAUAUGAAGGUAAGCCUCAGGACAUAUGGGCAUUAGGAAUUUUGCUAUACACUAUGCUUUAUCAAGAGAACCCUUUCUAUAAUGUUGAUGAAAUCAUGGAAGGUGAUUUGCGAAUUCCUUAUGUGGUCAGUGAAAACUCCUUGAAUUUGAUUAAAAAGAUUUUGGUCAGAGAUAUAAAAAGUAGACCGACAAUUACAGAUAUUGUAGAGGAUGUAUGGUUAGAUAUAUAG